CGAUUUAAUUUGUUUCUAAUUACUUUCUUAUAUGUUUAUAUUAAUAUGGAGCUUGUAAUGGUUGAAAUGACUCAUUUUAUUUAUUUCUUCAACAUAAAUCUAUGGUCGUUAGUUUUAAAAGUAAUUGCAUAGCAAACAUUUUAUAUUCACGCACAAAUUAUCAAUUUUAUGUUCAUGUGUUGGGAAACAAUAUGUUAACUAUAAAAUACCUCUUUCAAACUACAUUUGCUAAGAUAAUGAAUAUUUCAUGACAUCUCGGAUAAGUAAUAAAUAUGUGUUAAGUUAAAAACAAUACAUACGUCAACUUGAGUGUCGAUGUCAGCGUUACAAAAUGUCUUGAACCGCGACGCAGUGUACUCAGUUACCAUCCGAAAAUGGUUACGAAAAAUUGUAAAAUAUUGAAUUUUCUCACUAUAUAGUAUGUGAACAAAAUGAGUUAUGUUUUAUAAUAAAAAUGGCUGAACCACAAAUACCCAGAUGGGCUAACUUUAUCCUGGGUGGAUGCAGUGGUAUGAUGGCCGCGAGCGUGGUGCAUCCCGCUGACCUGGUGAAGACACGCAUGCAGCUGCUGGGGCCUAAGGUGAGACUGUCCACGAUAGCCGUGGUGCAGAGAAUCAUCCGCAAGGAAGGCUUCCUCGGAUUUUACAGCGGCCUGUCCGCAUCACUGUGCCGGCAAGCCACCUACACCGCCGGCAGGACGGGAUGCUUUUAUUCCCUUCUAGACUUUUAUAAAGGUUACUAUGGUACCCCAAACUUCGUGGCCAAGCUGGCGCUGGCUUCGAUGGCGGGUAGCGUGGGCGCCGUGGUAGGCAACCCGGCGGAGAUCGCGCUUAUCCGGAUGACGGCCGACGGUCAAAUGCCACCGGAGAAGAGGAGGAAUUACAAGAACGUGAUCGAUGCUAUCUUUAGGAUCGUGCGUGAAGAGGGCCCUCUAGCACUUUUCCGCGGCGUUGCUUCAACCGUCACCCGAUCAGCUAUCGUCAAUGCAGCGCAGCUAGGCGGAUACGCUCAGGCGCGAGAAAUGCUGCUGCCGGUGAUGGGCGAGGGUAUAGGGCUGCAUUUCGCGGCCGCCAUGAUCUCAGGCCUCAUCACCACCAUCGUGUACUUGCCAGUCGAUAUCGUUAAGACCAGGGUACAAAACGCAUCAGUGCCUACCAGUCAAGUGAAAGUGUUGCUACAAGUAAUCAAGAACGAAGGCCCCCUCAAGUUGUGGUCGGGCUUUGUGCCCACGUACACAAAACUUGGGCCUCAGACUGUACUCCUGUUUCUUUUCCUGGAGCAGCUCGUCUCCUUGUAUUUGAAAUUCAACCAGCCAACACCAUCACAAAAGAAAGAUUAAAAUAGUAAAUUGUCACAUAUGGGCACAGUUAAUCCAAAAAAUUAACUUCGGUAAUCGUUAAUUGAAAAAUUAACUUCGUUAAUCGAUAAAUUCUUGAAAAUUUAACGCAAGUUGAUCGUUAAAAGUUAACGUUAUGGAACUAAUAGUACUUUAUGACUUAGAGAUAGAGGUAAAAAAACUAGAAGGAAGAAUUAAAUACGCAUUCAUUUAUUACCUUUAUGUUUAAAAAAUCAUUUUUGUCACCAACAGGCAAAAGUUUAAUUUUAAUUUAUGUACCACGUGGUAGUACACCCUUGGUUAUUAUGAUUCCAAUUGAACCCGGAGUCAGGUCAUGUUAGUGGCAUUUGCAUCUCACGUAUUAAAUAAAGUGUAAAAGUAAAAAUGCAGUAAAAUGUUCUAGAAUUCCAUAUUGAUUUUGUCCUAUUAUUCACGUCUUUUCCAGACGACCUGUAUAAUAUGUAUCACGCUUGCACGCGUUCUUCGCAAACAUGAAUUAUCAACGAUUAACGGAGUAAAUUAACGAUUAAAAAAUUUGAAUUUAACGGAAGUUAACAUAAGCGUUAACACUUUGUGAAGUUAACUUAAAAGUUGAUCCGUUAACAAAAAUAUUAACUUCGUUAAUUAACGAUUAACGGAUCAACGAGUUUAUGAAAACCUUUGUAAAUAUUAUUCAUCAGCUCGCUAUACGUCCUCACUAAGGGGCUCGGAGCCUUCCUAAGUUAGUGACUAGUCAAACACGCUGGCCCAGUGCGGGUUGGUUAUUUUUAAAUAGUAUACUUUUGUACAUUUUACUGUGGGUCAUCACUUAUCUGUGAAAUAAAAGUGUAUCGUGGAAUUUCAUGGUUUUUAAGGUCUGUAAAUGCACAAAUGUAAAAAAUAUUUUAAUAUAAUCAAAGGUUGACGUUUCCGAUCAUGGCAGUUUUAUUUUUGUAAGAUGAGUUUUUUGCUAAGUUAUCUACAACCCAGCAGUAUAACCAAUCGGCGAAAAAUCUAGACAAAGUAACAUUGGGUAAGUGAAGAAAUCAGAAAUCUAUGGAAUUGAAAAAUAUUCCCAUUGGACUGUUUGACCGGUAGGUCAAUGCCCAACAGAAACAUCCUCUAUAACAGCAAUUUGACUGUCAAUAUUUACGGGAUUCAAAACGUAAAUUUUGAGUUUACUUGCAGUAUAUAGAAAGUAAUAAAAAACACAUAUAUACUUUACGUUUAAUUAAUAACACAGCCCAAAUUAAAGAAAUAAAACUAAGAACAUUAAAAUGAAGCCAUUCAGAACCAUGUAAAAAUUACAGCUUAAUAUCCGCUUAGUGUAAUUAGGAUUUGUUUUUAAAGCAGUAUAUUAUAACAAUAUUUAAAUUAAAU